AUGGCCGUGAGCUACAUAUUGAGCCACAUGCCCGGCACAGACCACAUGCCGAGCACUGGCAGAGGGUUAGGGUCGCGCGCGCGCAGCGCGCAAGGCAAGGGCGAGCAGUCGCCUUGCCGUCAAUCGAUGGAGAAAGAGGGAGAGAGAGGGGGAGAGAGGGAGAGAGAGGGAGAGAGAGGAAGAGAGAGAGGGAGAGAGAGGAAGAGAGAGAGGGAGAGAGAGAGAGAAAGAUUGAGGGUUCGACUCCCGGGCAGUGAGUCUUCCGGUAAACUAACCGUUAGUUUUCCCUAUAGCGUUGGCGACCUGCCUGUCUAUUACGACUACUGGAACUCUGGUCGGGGGCCCUCGCUAAAUUCCGGCGUUUCCUACGAGAACGGUACGCUCGUUUUCGGUCGCCAGUACGUCUUAGGCGACCUAAGGCCUCUAUAUGAGUUUGGCUACGGUCGGAGUUACUCGAUAUUUGUUUAUAGCGACGUCGCCGUGGAUAAACAGGAGGUCCGCGAGAGAGACAUUAUAACUAUCAGUGUUACCGUAAAGAAUACGUCGGAGCGGGAUGGAAAGGAGGUUCUCCAGCUAUAUGUGAAGGAUUUAAUUGCCAGUGUUGAUUUAAGGGUGUGGAAUUCGAGGAUAAAGUAUGUCGUCGAGCCAGGCGACUUUAUGUUGAUUGUUGGUGCCUCGAGCAAUGAUUCUAAGGACAAUAUUACUAUUACUCUUAAGUAA